AUGGCGACGUCUAAUUUGCUGAAGAACAAAGGCUCCCUUCAGUUUGAGGACAAAUGGGACCUGAUGCGUCCCAUAGUCUUGAAAUUGCUACGCCAGGAGUCCGUCACCAAACAACAGUGGUUUGACCUUUUCUCAGAUGUCCAUGCAGUAUGCCUCUGGGAUGACAAAGGUCCCGCUAAGAUCCACCAGGCCCUGAAAGAGGACAUCCUAGAUUUCAUCAAACAAGCACAAGCACGGGUACUCAGCCAUCAGGAUGAUACAGCACUCCUGAAGGCCUACAUCGUUGAGUGGAGGAAGUUCUUCACACAAUGCGAUAUCUUGCCCAAGCCAUUCUGCCAGUUGGAGAUUACCCUCAUGGGCAAGCAAGGCAGCAACAAGAAGUCCAAUGUGGAAGAUAGUAUAGUCCGUAAGCUGAUGCUGGACACAUGGAACGAAUCCAUCUUCUCCAAUAUUAAGAACAGGCUGCAAGACAGUGCCAUGAAGCUAGUCCAUGCAGAGAGGCUGGGUGAGGCCUUUGACUCCCAGCUGGUUAUAGGAGUACGAGAAUCCUAUGUGAACCUUUGCUCCAACCCUGAUGACAAGCUACAGAUCUACAGGGACAACUUUGAGAAGGCCUACAUGGACUCUACGGAAAGAUUCUACAGAACACAGGCACCGUCCUACCUGCAGCAGAAUGGGGUCCAAAACUACAUGAAAUAUGCUGAUGCCAAGUUGAGGGAGGAGGAGAAACGCGCACUACGUUACCUUGAGACGAGACGUGACUGCAACUCUGUACAAGCACUAAUGGAGUGUUGCGUAAAUGCACUUGUGACAUCAUUCAAAGAGACCAUCUUGGCUGAGUGUCCAGGCAUGAUCAAACGAAAUGAAACAGAGAGUGAGUACGGCAGGAGUGCUCCCACCAAAGGCUCAGCCAGCUCAGAGUUACAUCUGAUGUUCUCUCUGAUGGACAAGGUGCCCAGUGGAAUUGAGCCCAUGCUUAAGGACUUGGAAGACCACAUCAUGAGUGCCGGCCUGGCUGAUAUGGUGGCGUCGGCAGAGACAAUUACCUCUGAUUCAGAGAAAUAUGUGGAGCAGCUGCUCACACUAUUCAACCGCUUCAGUAGAUUGGUGAAAGAGGCCUUUCAGGACGACCCACGUUUUCUGACUGCUAGAGAUAAAGCAUAUAAAGCCGUUGUGAACGACGCUACAAUCUUUAAAUUAGAACUUCCCAUGAAACAGAAAGGGGUUGGUUUAAAAACUCAACCAGAGUCCAAGUGUCCAGAGCUGCUGGCCAACUACUGUGACAUGCUUCUGAGGAAGACCCCACUCAGCAAGAAGCUUACAUCUGAAGAGAUAGAAGCCAAACUCAAAGAAGUGCUAUUAGUGCUGAAGUACGUCCAGAACAAAGAUGUGUUUAUGCGUUACCACAAAGCCCACCUGACCCGUCGCCUCAUUCUGGACAUCUCAGCUGACAGUGAGAUAGAGGAGAACAUGGUGGAGUGGCUCAGGGAAGUAGGAAUGCCAGCAGACUAUGUCAACAAGCUUGCCAGGAUGUUCCAAGACAUCAAGGUGUCAGAGGACCUCAACCAGUCCUUCAAAGAAAUGCACAAACAUAACAAACUCGCAUUACCUGCGGACUCAGUCAACAUAAAAAUCCUGAAUGCGGGUGCAUGGUCGAGGAGCAGUGAGAAGGUAUUUGUAUCUCUGCCUACAGAACUAGAGGAUCUCAUACCAGAGGUAGAAGACUUCUACAAGAAGAACCACAGUGGCAGGAAGCUUCAUUGGCACCACCUCAUGUCCAAUGGCAUUAUCACCUUCAAGAAUGAGGUGGGCCAGUAUGACUUGGAGGUGACCACAUUCCAGUUAGCUGUGCUGUUUGCCUGGAACCAGAGGCCCAGGGAGAGGAUCAGCUUUGAGAACCUCAAAUUGGCAACUGAACUGCCGGAUGCUGAGUUACGACGUACUCUCUGGUCUUUGGUGGCAUUCCCAAAACUGAAGCGGCAGGUGUUAUCAUAUGACCCAUUAGUGACUUCGCCUAAAGACUUUGCCGAAGGAACAUUGUUCUAUGUCAAUCAGGAAUUCUCUCUUAUAAAAAACUCAAAGGUCCAGAAAAGAGGGAAAAUCAAUUUGAUUGGCCGAUUACAGCUCACCACAGAGCGAAUGAGAGAGGAAGAGAAUGAGGGUAUCGUCCAACUCAGGAUACUAAGAACACAGGAGGCCAUUAUUCAGAUCAUGAAGAUGAGGAAGCGCAUCAACAACGCCCAGCUGCAGACAGAGCUAGUGGAGAUCCUAAAGAACAUGUUUUUGCCACAGAAGAAGAUGAUCAAGGAGCAGAUGGAGUGGCUGAUAGAGCACAAAUAUAUCAAACGGGACGAGUCUGACAUAAACAGUUUCAUCUACAUGGCAUAGCAAAGUGUCACUGCAAUGACCCGUGUUGACUGUGGUUUCUGUGGAUCAGGCCUGACUCCAGGCCCCUGUCCUCCAUUUAAGAAAAUGUCCUGUGCAGCGAGGCAUGAUGUUAUGACUGAAACAUAUUUAAAAAAAAAAAAGGAACUUCCUGCCUUUCGUUUGUAUAAAGAAAAGAGAACACUCAUUGAUGCUGCAGGACCCUGCACCAAGUGUUUUAUUGUCGUUCUGGGAUGGUAGGAGAUUCCUCAUUGCUUUAAUCAGGCUGUGAUUGAGAAUGGUCCAUUUUUUAUUUUUUUAUUUUUUUUUUGCCAUGGUGUCCCCCCAUCACCGUGCUGGCCAACCACCAAUCCUAUUGAUUGUGCAACUCUAAAGGCAUGCUGAGAAGAAACUGACUCGACAACCUUGGCCCACACAACACCUGCUGUCCAGCUUUAGUCAAUGUCAAACCCAGACUAUGUGAAAACAGACAAAUCUGUGUCGCUUUCCAUACUGGCACAGAGAGGAGGAUCCUUUUACCCAAAUAGCCGUGUUUGUUGUGGCAACCGGAUGCUUUUGAAGCACUAUCGGUGCUAAGUGGUCUCUACAGUCAGGUGGAGUGAUUAAAGAGUUUUGAGGGGGCAGAAAAAAAGUACUUCACUGUUUUUUGAACUGAAACACAGUGAGCGAAGCCAGUUCCAAAACGUAUGCUUGCCUAUACCCCUUGGUAACAAGUAGAAUAUGGAGAAAUUAGCAUAUUGCUAUCUUGAAACAUAAAUUACAUUAUCCUCUACUAAAUUUGCCAUUGGGUAGUGGCUAGAGGUGGAAUAAAAAUUAAACCAGCGGCUAACUCGUGUCUUUGACACCCCUCUUCUCUGGAAGUAGCCUGAGAGAAAAUGGUGAGGUCAGUAUUACACGUGUUAAUUAAUUCCAAGUUACAGGAGAGUGUACAUUGAGAUGUGAACGACGGAAUGAUUAAUUA